AGUUUGCUUCUAACACUCAUUCGUGAAGUACAAAUAAUAUUCAUUCAUUACUUUCUCUCGGGAUUUUCCAUAAAUCUAAUUAUUGCGGAUACAUUCGCAUGAAAAGAUAUUUAUCUCAAGUUCAAGGGCACCUGUCGCAUGAAAUCUUUUGCGAUCUUUUGCAAUUCAAGAACAUUUUUUACUACUCCAAACACGAAUAACAAAAUUAAUUCCCUUCGCAGUUUUAACAACAAAAUUCUUGCCCUUGGCAAUGAUUUGGUGAAAUGCGUAAGAGAAAAUAGUUUUUUUUACACACGAACUGUUUGAAAAAUUCUUAAAGCUUGUCAGUCGUUCUGUGGUGUUCAUAACGUGAGGAAAUCAUCUGAAAUAUUCUAUAAAAAAACAUUCUUAGCAUUCCUGAAAUUUGUAAAAUUGUGUUAAAAAGAAUUUGUCGUGAUUUUCGUGCCAAAUUGUUAAGAAUUUUGAAUAAUUUAUUAAGGAAAAAACAUCAAGAAUUAAACCUUGUGAAUAUAGUGGAUAUACCUACCUGUUGGAAUAUACUGCACUUGACAUCAAAUUGUGAAUUUAUGUUAAGAAAUAUUACAAAAGUGAACACAUAGUGCUUAACAUCUUGUAUGUUGUAAAGAGUUCAUGAAGUUUGCCUUCAGAGGCAGUUUAUUUGUUAAAGGAAAAAUUCUAAAGAGGAAAGAACUUUUAGUUUGUGAAAGAUGGUUGAGGAGAAAAUUAGUAAAUUUCGCAUGUACCUUCCUCAAAUUUUGGCAACAAGUGCCAAAAAUCUGCUCAUGAUACAUGUUGGCCUAUCAGCAACAUUCCCAACAAUCGCCAUCCCUCCCCUUCUUGGAACUGUUGAGAGCAAAGAAGAGGAAAUUUUCCAUUUCACCCCCGAGGAGGCUUCUUGGUUUGGAUCAUUGGCGUUCAUUUGUACGCCAAUUGGGAGCAUCCUAUCAGGAUGGGUGACUGAACCCAUUGGCAGGAAGAAUGCCAUGAUUUUAGUUAAUUUACCCCACAUUGUAGCCUGGCUAAUCCUCCAUUUCGCCACGUCUGUGCAUCACAUGUACCUGGCGUCAAUUCUACUAGGUCUAGGAACGGGAUUCAUGGAUGCUCCUGUAGUUACAUAUGUUGGAGAAAUAUGUCAACCAGCUAUUCGAGGAAUCUUGACAUCAAGCGCAGGAGUUGCCGCAACUCUUGGCUUCUUUAUUGGAUACCUUCUUGGAACUCUAGUCACAUGGCGUGAAGCAGCUCUUGUUUGCCUUACAAUUCCCAUUUUCACAGUUGUUGCAAUUUGUUUUAUACCCGAAACACCCCUUUGGCUCAUAUCACGUGGCCGAGAGAAACAAGCUAUGAAAUCCCUGCAGUGGCUCAGGGGGUGGGUUGAUGCAGAAACAGUUGAGAAGGAAUUCCUAGAACUGCAGCGCUACAGCAUCAAUAGCAGUCGGUGCAACCCGUGUCAGAAGGCGGAUCAAACGUGCAUCCAUCCUCCACCAACACUAAUUGAUAAGCUCAAAGAAUUAACAAGAAAACGAACUCUUAAGCCAGUAUUUGUCGUCACCAUGUUCUUCCUCUUCUGCCAAUUCAGUGGAAUGUCUGGGAUGCGUCCGUACCUCGUUCAAAUCUUCCAAGCUUAUGGUGUUCCUGUGAAUCCAAAUUGGGCUGCCGUAGUGACAGCUCUGCUGAAAUUCCUCGCAAAUAUUGUCUGCACAAUUGGCGUGAAGAUGCUAGGAAAACGACCAACAGCCCUAGUUUCAAUAGCUGGGACAGCAGCCUGUAGCAUUGCUCUCGGAUUCUAUGCUAAUAUGAUUCUCCCGCGGGGUUGGAGUUCAUUUGAAAAGCACGAUGAAGUACCUGGAAAUGGAAUCUUUCCCAUGAUUAUGUUUUUUUCACUUUCCUUCAUCACAAGCAUUGGCAUGACUCCUGUGCCAUGGAUGCUCCUCAGUGAAGUUUUUCCAUUCAAAGCUCGCGCUACUUCAGCAGGUUUAGUUGCUGCUCUCUACUACGUUAUGAUAUUCAUUUCAACAAAAACAUAUUUGGAUUUAGAACGUGGACUCGGCUUGGAUGGAAUAAUUUGGUUUUAUGGUUCAGUAGCAGUUCUUGCCUUUGUCUUCUUCUACUUCUUUCUGCCAGAGACUGAGAAUUGUUCCCUGGAAGACAUUGAAAUUCACUUCUCAACGCAAAAACUCACAAAUAUCAAUAUAAGGAGAAAAUCUUGCGAUCAUGUUUCUGAGAAAAUUGAAACAAUUGCAGAGAAUGGAUCAUGUAGAUAUGAUAAUAAAGGUUUUAAUAAAGACUAGUUAAU